UAACAACUUUGGCAAUUGUGCAUGUGGGCGUUGAGCGGUGGCAUCGGAACACAACCGCAGAAGAAAAAGAAAAGAAAGCCUAAAGAACUGCGUGAUGAAACAAAAUUUCCAACUCUGGCGGUUUUGUUUUCUCUCGUCUUUCUUUCAUCUUCAUAUAUAAAAUAAUAUUAAAUAAUAUUAUUUCGACUUUUUCUGGGAAAACUGAAGAGAAUUUGGGUAUCCUAUAGUAAAUUUUUAGGGAUUAAUUAGAUUAGGGUUCAGGAUUCGUUCUUCUUCUACAUUUUUGAAAGCAGGGAUUAUUUGCAUCACCUCAUCAAUCGUUUCCUUAAUGGAAUCUACUAAGGAAAACAAGGAGGCCGAACUAGCUGUUCCAGGUGCUUCCCACUCCGAUAAGGGAGACCAUCCACAGCUUCACCAACAUCUUUCUUCUCCUUCCUCCAUGCCUUUGGACCCUAACUCCAUAAACUCUCACACUGGGAAUGCCAAUGCUGAUAACAACAUACAACCGCAUUCUCCGAAUGACCAACCUUCACUGAAGCCUGCUAUAGCAAUCCCACCUAAUGUGAAAUCUGAAUCCUGUGCUAAAACUUACUCCCUUUCUUCCUCCAAUCAUAUUCAAACUACUGAAGCCACCAUUAAUGUUAAAACUGAAACCUCCGCUGCCACACCUCCUAAAUUCACUACAAAUCCCAAAACUGAAACUUCUUCUGCAUUACAUCAAAGUAAAACCAAUUGUGAUGGUGACCCCAUACCUGCCUGCCCUAAUGAACCUGAACCGCUUGCGCCUUGUCCAUUUUCUGAUAUGAAACUGGUGAAGGAGAAGGUGGAAGAUGUGAAGAAUGGGGUCAAUAAACCUGACUUACCUACAACCCCUGUUAACAGGAACCGCAAUUCCGAGCUCUCAUUUCUCUUGGAUGACAUUCAUUUUUCUGAUGGCAAUGAGUCAGGAACAGAAGAGGAGCAAUCAGUCUUCAUGAAGCAACUGGAAAUUUUCUUCAAAGAUAGAGGCAUGGAAUUUAAGCCUCCUAAAUUUUAUGGUGAAGGACUCAAUUGCCUUAAGUUAUGGAGAGCUGUUACUAAAUUGGGUGGCUAUGACAAGGUAACUUCAUGUAAAUUGUGGCGGCAAGUGGGAGAAUCUUUCAAGCCCCCAAAGACCUGUACUACCGUUUCAUGGACAUUUCGUGGCUUCUAUGAGAAGGCACUCCUUGAUUAUGAAAGGCAUAAGACACGUGGGGGUGAGCUUAAUAUACCUAUUCCUUCCCAAUCAGAGUCUAUGAAUGUUGAUAACCAGGCUUCACGAUCUGGUAGAGCACGAAGGGAUGCAGCUGCACGUGCUAUGCGUGGUUGGCACUCACGUCAUUUCCAUAAUGGUGAAGUCAGUGACCCUAUAAUUAAGGAUAAGAAUUCUAUUUCUCUGCAAAAGCGUGAAAAACAGCUUAAAAGCCUAGGUUUGCUUAAACGUAAGAAACCAUAUUACUUGGACCAUGCUGUCAAGGCUGCACGUUCCAAAGUAUCUAAGGCACAUGUGGAGACAGAGAUAGUUGAUAUUGGACCCCCAGCAGAUUGGGUUAAGAUCAAAGUGCAGAAAACUAAAGAUUCUUUUGAGGUCUAUGCUUUAGUUCCAGGCCUUCUUCGAGAGGAGGUGCGUGUUCAAUCUGAUCCUGCAGGGCGCCUAGUAAUAAGUGGUGAACCCGAACAUCCAGACAACCCUUGGGGUGUCACACCAUUCAAAAAGGUUGUCAGCUUGCCCUCAAGGAUUGACCCACAUCAAACGUCAGCGGUGGUAACCCUUCAUGGACAGUUGUUUGUACGUGUUCCAUUUGAGCAAAGCUGACCGGUGGAAUUAUGGUGUGUGCUCCACCAACUGGGUGAAGAGGUGAGGGAGGGUGACUAAGAUUAAGCCUGACUGCCAGGGGCUAUUGAACGCAAUGUGUGGUGCUUUCAUGCUUUGCCCUGCCUCUGCCGCUCCAUUCAGGAAUCGCCGCAAUUUUUAAUUACGAGCCUUGUGUAGUUUUUGAUUGUCGUUUCUAACGUUACUGUUGUUUCGCAUAUGACACCAUUUAGUUUAAGCCCUUUUUUGUUUAGUGUAUAUGAGAUAUACAUAUUACAUGCACGUUAUCAUUUUAUUCUUAGGGGAAGUUGUACAUCGCAGAUUCUAUAGAUGUUCUUUUCCUUUUUCAUGAAACAUCUUUAUCAUUUACCACUGGUAGUAGGUAUUUGUUAGUACAAUAAAAACCGUAA